AUGAAAUCUCUCCAAAAAUUACUCAAAAACAAUAAGGACUUAGGACAUUAAUACAUUGAUUUUAUGUAGCUUUUUGAAAAGAAAUUAAAAUCAUGUAUCAUCAAUCAUAAUUCACGUAAAAACGUUCUUGCUCAAUAUAAAUAAUAACAAUACAUUCAUUCACCAAUGCCUUUUUUUGAAUCUCAAGAAUUUAUAGUAUACGGUUCAUUUGAGAACAGUAAUAUUCAUGGAUGUUGUUAAGAAGAAAAAGGAAUCUUGAAUGUUUUACUUUCAAGUGAUACUAAUACUUAAGGAUGCACUUAAUGGUUUUACUUUGGAGUAAAGAUGCACAAUUAAGGAAUACUAAAAAUACGUAUAUUAAAUAAUCGUCGUUAAAAUACACUUUUUAAAGAAUGCAAUCAUGUGUAUGUAUAUGAUAAUGAUAAAUGGUCUGUUGGUUAAACCAAAGAAAUAUAUUAUUAUAGAACAAAUAUAAAUCAUCCAUUUUAUCAUCAUGAGGAUGUUGGAAUAGCAUAACUUCAACAAAACUUUUCUUUAUAUACUUUAGAAUUCACAUAUGAGUUCAAGCAAACUGAAAAAAUAGUAUUUUUUGCUUUAACUCGACCAUAUCCAAUCAAAAAGCUUUAAAGAUUUAUUGAUCAAUGUCCAUUUAAACGAAAAUCAGUGUGUAUAACAACUUUAGGAUUACCAAUUUGGCAAAUAAAGACUCCAAAAUAGAAUGGAUAAUAGAUAGUAGUAAUAUUAGCUCGUUAACAUCCAAGUGAAACAGCCGGUUCUUUUAUAUGUUAAGAGAUUUUACGUAUUUUAUGGAAAGGACAUGAUUGUAUGAAAAAAUAUCGAUUCAUAAUAUAUCCAAUGUUAAAUCCAGAUGGAGUAUUUCUUGGGAAUUCUCGUUGUAAUUUUAAUGGGAUAGAUUUGAAUAGGUAGUAUAGAAAUGUAAAUUUAGAAAAUGGGAUAAUCCAAAAUAAAAAACUGAACCAGAAGUGCAUUAUGUUAUUAAAUCGAUUUAAAAAUAUUCUAAUAUAGCUUUUAUGAUAGAUUUGCAUGGACACUCAAAAAAAUUCAAUUAAUUUCUUUAUGGUUGUUUACAUGGGAAGAGUGUAUCAGAAUACAUGAAGAUAAGAUAGUUUGGAAAGAUACUGGCUCAAAAUAAUGAGAUGUUCUAAUUCAAAGUACCUUAAUAUUUAAUAGAGGGAUUGUUCAUAUGGUGUUAGUCCAGACAGAGUUGGUACAGCAAGAGUUGCAUUAUGGAAGAGAUUGAAUAUAACAAAUUCAAUGACAAUAGAAACAAGUAUAUAUGGUUAGGUGGGUCGGGCUUUUAAUUUAGAGGAUUAUCAUUCACUUGCUUAAAACAUUUUACAUGCUCUUGAUGUAUAUAAUGAUUAGAUAGACUCACCUGAACUGAAUAUCAAUAGAGAGAUGAGCAAGGCACUUAAAUAUGAUAGUGGAAGUGAUUCAGAGGCAGAAUAAGAUUUGAUAAUUCCAAGACCGAAUCGAAUCAAAAUAACAUCUAGAAAAGAAUCAUCAUGUAAACAUUAAUCUGUUGGAUAUGGAUGUAUUAAACCUAAAAUUGAGACUCCUUAAUUGAUACAUCAACAUAGUUAAUUUUUUAAGGACUAGUCGUUUGUUGAAUUACAACCCCAACCCUCUAAACUACUUUGUUUUAAUUCUAACAAAGUUUAACUUCAGAAGAUAAGGUCUCGAAUGAAUUCCUUCUAAAGUCAAUACAUAGAGGAAUAACCUAAAUUAGGAAAUAUGAUAUCAGCUUUGCAAGUUAAAUAAUUAUUUAAAUGAAAUUAAUUCUUGUUCUUCUUAUGACUACACUANACUCGACCAUAUCCAAUCAAAAAGCUUUAAAGAUUUAUUGAUCAAUGUCCAUUUAAACGAAAAUCAGUGUGUAUAACAACUUUAGGAUUACCAAUUUGGCAAAUAAAGACUCCAAAAUAGAAUGGAUAAUAGAUAGUAGUAAUAUUAGCUCGUUAACAUCCAAGUGAAACAGCCGGUUCUUUUAUAUGUUAAGAGAUUUUACGUAUUUUAUGGAAAGGACAUGAUUGUAUGAAAAAAUAUCGAUUCAUAAUAUAUCCAAUGUUAAAUCCAGAUGGAGUAUUUCUUGGGAAUUCUCGUUGUAAUUUUAAUGGGAUAGAUUUGAAUAGGUAGUAUAGAAAUGUAAAUUUAGAAAAUGGGAUAAUCCAAAAUAAAAAACUGAACCAGAAGUGCAUUAUGUUAUUAAAUCGAUUUAAAAAUAUUCUAAUAUAGCUUUUAUGAUAGAUUUGCAUGGACACUCAAAAAAAUUCAAUUAAUUUCUUUAUGGUUGUUUACAUGGGAAGAGUGUAUCAGAAUACAUGAAGAUAAGAUAGUUUGGAAAGAUACUGGCUCAAAAUAAUGAGAUGUUCUAAUUCAAAGUACCUUAAUAUUUAAUAGAGGGAUUGUUCAUAUGGUGUUAGUCCAGACAGAGUUGGUACAGCAAGAGUUGCAUUAUGGAAGAGAUUGAAUAUAACAAAUUCAAUGACAAUAGAAACAAGUAUAUAUGGUUAGGUGGGUCGGGCUUUUAAUUUAGAGGAUUAUCAUUCACUUGCUUAAAACAUUUUACAUGCUCUUGAUGUAUAUAAUGAUUAGAUAGACUCACCUGAACUGAAUAUCAAUAGAGAGAUGAGCAAGGCACUUAAAUAUGAUAGUGGAAGUGAUUCAGAGGCAGAAUAAGAUUUGAUAAUUCCAAGACCGAAUCGAAUCAAAAUAACAUCUAGAAAAGAAUCAUCAUGUAAACAUUAAUCUGUUGGAUAUGGAUGUAUUAAACCUAAAAUUGAGACUCCUUAAUUGAUACAUCAACAUAGUUAAUUUUUUAAGGACUAGUCGUUUGUUGAAUUACAACCCCAACCCUCUAAACUACUUUGUUUUAAUUCUAACAAAGUUUAACUUCAGAAGAUAAGGUCUCGAAUGAAUUCCUUCUAAAGUCAAUACAUAGAGGAAUAACCUAAAUUAGGAAAUAUGAUAUCAGCUUUGCAAGUUAAAUAAUUAUUUAAAUGAAAUUAAUUCUUGUUCUUCUUAUGACUACACUAUACAAAUAGUUGGAAGGAUUGUUUGCUAUAAUGUACCAUAGAGAGUUGAUGAUAACUUAAAGUUCUAAAAACAACAUGUACCCGAUAGAGAAUCUUUUUAUAUUUUAUAGAGCCAUAUGCUGAAUUGUUUAGAGAGUUUUGCUUCAUUCUCAAAUUUUAGUUAUAUUUGAGAAAUUAAGGCAUUUUCACAAAGAUUUCUGCUGCAACUAUAAAAGUAGAGGAUGCUAAAAUAUUUCAAAAAAUUUUUGAUA